UUGCUCGCACGCCACAGCCCACAGUACAGAAAGAGAGUUACAGGCACGACACCGGCCCACCUCGUCCGCUCGUGAACGUUCGUUCCUACGCCACCCUGCGCUCCUGCUCUCCGCUUCGCCUCCGGCCACCUGCCGACAAGUUGACAACAUCCCGGCGACAAGCUCGACAGCGACCAUACGUAAAAGGAGGUGGUACCUGCGCCAUGGCCGACGCCGACCUCUACGCCGUCCUGGGGCUCAAGAGGGAGUGCUCUGACGCCGACCUCCGGCUCGCCUACCGGAGGCUCGCCAUGACAUGGCAUCCGGACCGGUGCUCGGCGUCCGGCAGCUCGGCGCGCGUCCAGGGGUGCCAACAAGCGGUGUUCAUCGGCGAUGGGCUCCGGAACGCCGCCAAGGGCCAGUCGUCCGGGGUCCGGCCCCGGCCGUUCAGGGUCAAGCUCCAAGGGAAGUGAUCUGAGGCGACGGGAGGAGGCGCCAUGGAAGACGACGACGCAGGAAGACACAGCAUCGGCGGCAGGAAGAAGAAACAGAGGCCGUCGACGGGCCACGGCGAGUCGUCCUAGGAGCAAAGAUGGAGAUAUCGGCGCGCCCGGGCCAGCGUUGAUGCGCGCCGCGCCGUGAGCAAAACAUAUUCUGUGACGCCGUGACGGGGAUAAUGCAUUGCAGGCUUGCAGCUAGUGCUCUGUGCGGAUCAGAGUGACGGUCAACAAGUUUUGGAGGCAGGCUUUUCAAUUAGUUUCUUCGUUUAUUCUCUCGAUGGAUUCUCUUGGCGUAGCACUGGUAUUUAAGUUCUAAUGUUUUUUUCGAGGAAAGGCUAUCAAGGCUAGCUUUAUUGGUAUUAGAUAAUCGUCACAUCGUCAACAAGCUUACUGAUCAAAAAGUCAGGAGGCUCGUUUGACCAACUAAGAGAAACUUCAUUACAAUAACUAUGGCUAGCUAACAAUAUUUAAGUUC